GCUGAGAUCUGCGAGGCAGUGUGCCACAAGCCCAGACAACAACAACAAGAGGCGAACAAAAAGACCGAUCGAGCAUCCCGUCUGAAAGCGCAAGGCGAAAACGCUGAACUCCGUGCAGAACUUUGGCGCUUCCUCUCACUGUAGGCACGGCUUCUUACGGCAAGCAGACAAGAGUUAUCAGUUCUCAGCGCUCCAGGAAGAGCGAAGCAGUUCGUAAAACAGUCGGUUUGACAGCGUGCAUGGGGUGUAGCCGUAACCACGGUCUGGCUAGCCUGCUAGCCGGCUAGCUCCGGGUUUAGAGAGGUCCUGUUCGGGUGUCGCGCUAGUGUCAUGCUAAGUCUAUAAAUCGGGGUUAAACGGGGACAAAAACUGCACAGAAUAAAGACGGGGCAAUUGUUGUUUCUGCAUCAGUUCGAGGAGGAGGACAGCCCAUCAUGAUCCUGCCGAGUUACUAUUCGUCUCUUCGCUCAAGAAAUGUCACCAUAGGUCACAUCCUCUCCUUCUCGCCCGUCGCCCCGGUGUCCUUAGAAGAUGAGGAAGACUCCGACCAAUCAGACACCCUGUCUGGGACGGAGUCGGAGCUCGGCCACGCCCACAGCCUGCCGCCAGGGGGGAAGCGGGGGCGUUUGCGGGUGCUGUCCGAAUCGGAGGCGUCCUCGGCGGUCCGGGGGGCGGAGCCGGAGUUCCGGGAUGGGGCGGGGUCAGAGGAGGCGCCGUUUCGGGGGCGGUCCCAGUCGGCCCCCGCCGCCCUGUGGGCCGCCAAGCGCUACGGCCGCCAACUGCGCCGCAUGAGCGAUGAGUUCGACUCCUGGCUGGACAGGGGGGGGCAGGAGGUGAAGCGGGGGCGUGGGGGGGGCGCGGGGCGCCAGAUGAAGACAUCGAGCAGCUGGUUCUCCUUCCUGUGGAGUCCCCAGGAGACGGAGGACGAGCUUCAUGGCAACGGCGAGCUGCCUGAGAAUGAUGCCGCACACUGAGGGGCGGGGCCUGGGCAGGAAAGGGUGGGGCAUGUGCAGGAAAGGGGCGGAUAUGGACAGGAAAGGGCGGAGCCAAGGCGGGUCAUACUAAACUAACAUUGCUGGGGGCGGUGGGGGGGGGGUACUGGAGACAGUGAAUUGGGGGAAGAUUUGAUGGUUUUUUCUCUAAUUGUUCCUAAGAGCUAGAUUACUUCCUGUGCUUUUUAUUAUUCCAACAAAUUCCAGUAGCUAACUUAAACUGUCCAUAAUGUUUUUUAUUAUUUUUUAUUAUUUUGAUGAAAAUACUUGGAAAAUGUAUAGAAAUAGUUUCGGUUAGUGGAAGAAGGGAAGAGACAGUGGGGCUGGGAAGGAACACUGUGCUGAUUUAGCCCAGCUGACCACCAAUGCUCAGAAAGAGCCUGGAGGACUGGAGUUCAUCAGCACAGAAACAUAAAAAAUAACGCAACCAAAAAGGAUGCAAGGAGACGGGCUGCAUAAUCUGAUCAGUGAAGUAAUAUUCUAGGCCUGCUGAAAGUGGUCCUUGGAAAAACCUAAUGUGUAUUUACUGAUGCAAUAAGACAGAGUACAAUCUUGAUGAGUGACAAUCUUUCCAAGUGCCAGCAGGAAGAGAUUAAUAAAGACUUUAAUAAGUGCUUCAUAAACACAUGCCCUUUUUAAAAAUGUUUUUUUAAACAGUGUUACAAUUAAUAGUUUGAAAAUAAUGUCUGCAUGUGGCUGUAAUUAGUUUUAACUGUGGAAAUGUGGGGUGUUUUUCUAUGAGGAGUCAGGAGGUUGUGUCUUAUUUUGUACUGCUGCAGGGAAUUGGCGGGUUUAGCAGAUAAUCCUGAGCGCUGUGUCACUGCUGUUUGAAUGAGCGGAGAUGGCGGUACAGCUAGGUGCUAAUCCCCCCCCAACGUAUGGGGGUUACGCUGCACAGGGAGGGGCAUCGAACCCUGAACCCUGAACCCUGAACCCUGAACCCUGCCUCCACCCAUCACACACCAGCCACCAGAAAAAAUCACAUUCUCACUCUUGAGGAAAUAAACGAUUUAUAUACUCUCCUUGGGAAAUGUAGUUUUCUUUAAUUGUAGCCCCCCCCCCCCCCCCCCCCCGGUGAUAGUGUGUCCAAUUCGCCAUUACCAUGGAGGCGUGUUUGGAAUGAAUCUCCCAAUGGGACACCGCACAUAGGAGGAGAUGAACCACCCCACCCCCCCCCCCCCCCCCCCCUAUUCUGUAAAACACCAUGCCAUCGAGGCUGGCCAGGAGGCGGGGCUUAAGGUACAGAGCAGUGCAGCUGGGCGGGGCUUCCGUCCGAUCGCCAUCGCUGAGUAACCGCCGACUAAUCAGCGGGUUGCUCCAGACCACUGUGCGCGAGACGCAAUCUUUUCAUACUUCCCUCUUUUUUAAAAAC